CGCAAGUCAAGGGCGUAGAGUUAAGCUUUGAAUUCAUUUAUAAAAAGUAAUAAAUGUGUAAUGGCAAAUUCAUCAAAUAUUACCUUCACUAGCACAAUCAAAUUCGAAAAUCAAUCAGUGUAAUACAAUGUGGCUCGUUGUGAUAAUGUCUGUGAUGCUGGCUAAGACUGUGUCUGCAGGCUGGAAUAAUACAAUCUACUACAAAGUAUUAGUCGAUUCAUUCAAGGAUUCUGAUGGUGACGGCUUGGGAGACCUGAUAGGCGCAACAAAACAGUUAAGUUAUAUUGGAGCGGUAGGAGCUGAUGCUGUUAUUUUAUCUCCAAUUAACGCCAAAAGCCCUGACUGUGACCACCCAGGUACUGUAGGUUUCACCGAAAUUGACCAACGCUACGGAGAUGAAGACUCGUUAACAAAAUUAAUAGAAAAAUCUCGAAAAUUAGAUCUUAAGAUGUUAGUAAGUGUAGACGUGCGCAGUAUUAGUACUUUAUCUGAAUGUUUCAACCUUAGCGCUGCAAGGACUUUAGGUUUUGAGGACUGGGUUUUAUGGCAAGACACUCCAGCCGACCCAAAGCUUGAUGGCGUCGACUGGGUGUGGAAUGACAUCAGAAACUCUUAUUACGCUUCUAUUAAUAACGAAACUCUACUAAACCUCUGCUCAGACGGUGUGACGGAAGCUUUUAGAAGAGCUCAAUGUAUUUGGCUUCAACGAGGCUUUGCGGGACUUGUACUCAGUCCCGAUUUUACCAUUAAUCACGAAUGUGGUGUCAAUUUCGUGCAAAAAAUGGCUGUAUACGCUCGCAGUUGUACCAGAGCUGCUAAUAUUGAGAAGCCAAUAAUUUUAAUUGAUACAGCGUUCGAAAUAGAAACCGCAUCAAAGUACUACGAUGACAGUGUCACUAUAAUAAGUAAUGCCUUAACUGGCCCGGUGAGAACAUCGCCAUCUUUGGCUGUAGCUUUACAUACUGAGCUCGUGUACUGCCCACAAGAUAUGACCCCCACGUGGCGCACAUCCAAUUCGGAAAAUCGGAUUUUCUCGCGUUAUGGCAGCGCAUUCGUAGAUGCAAUCAUUAUUAUAUCUUUAUUCUUACCGGGAUCUACCAUUAUACAACAAGGUGAUGAACUCGGUGCCGCUGACACGUUAUUGGAAUGGGCAACAACGAAUAAAUGUUGGCCUAUACUAGCAAGGCCUUUUGCUGCACCCUUUCCAUGGGAUGAUUCUCCAUCAGCAGGAUUUACAAGUGGUGAAAGCUGGCUAACACUUGCACCAAAUUAUAGAUAUGCGAAUGCUAAAAUAGAAUUCGCAAACGAACAAAGUCACUUUGGAGUUGUGAGAGCGGUAGCUGUGCUUAGAAAAUCGCCAGAUUUUGGUCCACAUUAUGAAAUAAAACGUAUUGAUGACGCUCUUGUGAUUCUAAGAUGGGGUGCAAUAGGCUCGCUUUUGAUGGUUUCUAAUUUGGGUCAACGAAAUUGUGAAAUACAGCUUUCUAAAAUACCAGGACUUCCAAAUGAAAUGACGGCGGCAGUUAGUUCUGGAGGUUCGAGUUCUUCAACAGGUGUGAACAUCAAUAUGAAUAAAUUAUUAAAGCUUGUUCCGGGGGAGACUAUUCUGAUGGCUGGACCUCCAAGGCACUGCGGAGGGCCGGGACCAGUUGAUAAGAUUGCAAACAAACUGUCUGAAGGUUGGCAGAAGAUCAAUAAAUACUUUAGCGUGUAAUCAACAAGUGUUAAAGGUUGACAUUGUUAUCAAUAAAUUACUAAAUAUUGCGAUUUAAUCUGCUUUUGACCUGGUGUUGGUUUAAUGUCUGAUAAAAGCGAAAUUUUAUCUUACUCGCAAACUAUAUAAAAUAUAUAUGGAAAUUGCAUGGUUAAAAAAUAAGGGAGUAGAAAUAAGAGAAAACUAAAAGUCCAAUUAAAAAUGGAAGUGGACAUAUCAUAAAGUGGAAAAUGUAACAGAAAUCCAAUUACAAGCCAACAUCUUCAGCAUGCUUGACACACUUCUUAGACGUACGUAAGACACAGAGCUCCGUACUAGGCUCCUAGCUGACCUAUUUACGGAAUAUUAACCAACUAUCCAUUACCGCAUUUUGUUCUUUAAUUAAGAACUUUUACAGUAUUAUUGUAUUGUAUUGUAUAUUAAGUGAGGCAAUAUAGGAAUUAUUUUACUAAUACAUAUGCGGUAUACGGAUACCAUAGAUUGUUGUCAUGUCACGUGGUUUAUGAAAAAUCAUUGAUAUUAUUAAAUGUUUAUCUUAAUCUUCAGGAUCUUUCAGAUUAAAAAUUGCAAAUCCUUACAUUUCGCGCUUACUUUCAAUGUUUUACUGAGACCAACCUGUAAAUAACGUGUAAGCAUUGUUCAGGCUCAUUAUAACUUUAACUGAAGUAAUCACUUAUAAUCCA